GUCGGCGCUCCGUCUGCGGCUGCCGCGUCUCCUCACAGGAUCAUCGGUGAAACCAGUCCAGCUGCAUGACUCUGAGCUCAGGUCAAGGUCUGACGUCAGUCAAUGAGUAACAGAGCUGAGUUUCACUUUGCUCGACUCUUCAUGUGUCACGACGCCGCUCCUCAACUUAUGGUCCACUGAACCUUCGGCUCCGCCCACUUCCCCACUUCUGCCCCACCUCACCAGGCUGCGGGUCCGGACAGAGUUUCCCCUGCCAUCCUGAAGCAUUGUGCUGCUGAGCUGGCUCCAGUGUUCACGGACAUCUUCAGCCCUUCAUCUCGUUCUGGAGCAUCUGGACUGCCCAGGAACCUAUGCCAGGAUCCUGUUUGUGGACUUCAGCUCUGCCUUUAAUACAAUUCUUCCAGCUCUGCUUGAAGACAAGCUUGGCCAGCUGGACGUGCCUGACUCCCUCUGCAGAUGGAUGACAGACUUGCUGACCAGCCGGAGUCAGCGUGUGCAGCUGACUGUCUCUGACACUCGGACCCUCAACAUGGGGUCUCCUCAGGGCUGUGUUCUCUCUCCAUGGCUCUUCUCUCUCUACACUAACUGCUGCACCUCCAGCCACGAGUCCGUGAAGCUGAUCAAGUUUGGGGAUGACGCCACCAUCAUGGGGCUCAUCUCAGAUGGAGAAGAGUCGGCUUACAGGAGGGAGGUGGAGCGGCUGGUGUCCUGGUGCAGCCACAACAACCUGGAGCUCAACGCUCAGAAGACAGUGGAGAUGGUCACAGACUUCAGGAGAGUCACAGCUCCUCCGUCCCCUCUCAUGUUGGCUGGUUUAUCCAUUCCUAUUGUGGACUCCUUCUGCUUCCUGGGAACCACCAUCACUGAGGACCAACCAUCAGGUCCCUCAUCAGGAAGGGCCAGCAGAGAAUGUUCUUCCUGGGGCAGCUACGAAAACUACGACGGAGUUGCUGGUGGAGUUCUACACGGCCAUCAUCCAGUCCAUCCUCACCUCCUCUAUCACCGUCUGGUACAACAGCGCCCCCUCCAGGGACAAGAGCAGACUGCAGCGCAGCGUAUGUUCUGCUGAGAAGGUGAUGGGUUGCAGCCUGCAGCGCCUCUUCAGGACCUGUAUGUCUCCAGGACCCAGAGACGUGACCCUUCUCACCCUGGACAUGGACUGUUUGUUCCUCUUCCCUCUGGCAGGAGGCUACGGUCCAUCCAGACCAGAGCCUCCCGUCACAGCAACAGCUUCUUCCCCUCGGCCCUCAGACUGUCGGAGUCCUGAACAGCCUUGUUGU